AUGAUAUAUCGUCAAAAACCUGUGUACAUUUUCGUAUUUUUUUGGGUAUGUAUCCUACAUCAACUUAAACUAUGUGACGGUGUAAUCUACACAUAUGAGGAUGUGGAGUUGAGACGCAUUUUCCCAACUGAGUUCCCUUUUGACACGGUAAGACGAAGCGGUUCGCCAUUUGCCGAGCACUUGGGUCGCUAUAUGGAGCUUAAAAGCUACUUCAGGCAUCCUAAGGACAAAUUAAACAGCCAUUUUGAAGAAAUGAUUUGCUACGAUGAAAAUGACAAAAAGGUAUGCCGUGUGGACGUAAAUCGGUAUUUGCCCGAAGAAAACAGCUAUUACUCAUCACCAACAGCUGAGAGUCACGUUGACCGUCGGAGAGUGUAUUGCUUCAUGUUGUUAUGCUUCACGGAGGAUGAACUAGACAGAGUCGCGGCUUCGUUU